UAAGUGCAUAACUUUCCUCCAUUUCUACUUCUUCGCAUAGCAUAUGUCACAAACUCACAAAGACACACAAUUCAAUUGACAAAGCAAGGAAGUACAACUCCUAACAUUUACACCCAACAACUAUGGGAUCAUUGCGCUUCCCCUUCUCAUCGUUCCCUCCGCCAUUCAAUCCCAAACCCUCCGCCACUUCCCUCCGCCUUCUCGCUGCCGCCGGCGCCUCCAUUGCCGGCGCUUGCGCCGGCAUUGCAAUCACCCAAAAUUCUGACAAACACCCAAUUCUUCAAAAUACACUUGAUUUCUUACUCAUCCAUCUUCCCUUCACCCCAAAUGCUCCUUUCUGGGGUUGUCUUUCUCUCUCCUCUGACGUCACCCCUCCUGAUGUCACUGAACCAAAAACCGGGGUUUCGUUUCCUUCCAUUGUUAAGGGUUCACAGACAUUGCUGGGUAUUGGAUUAAGGAGAAAGAGUUUGUUUGGGCUUAAGAACAUUGAUGUUUAUGCUUUUGGUGUAUAUGCUGAUGAAGAUGAUGUGCAGCAUAAUCUGAAGGAUAAGUACGGGGAAUAUUCUGCUUCUGAUCUGAAAGACAAUAAGGGUUUCAGUGAGGAUCUGCUGGAAAGUGAUGUAAAUUUGACUGUGAGACUACAAAUAGUCUAUUCUAGAUUGAGCAUUCGAUCUGUGCGGAGUGCUUUUGAAGAGUCGGUAGGAAGUAGACUUCAAAAGUUUGGGGUGGAUGAUAACAAAGAACUGCUUCACAGAUUUACUUCUCAGUUUAAAGAUGAAAUGAAAAUACCAAAGGGUUCUGUUAUAGAAUUGUCCAGGGAGCAUGGUCAUGUACUUCGCACAAAAAUUAACGGAGAUGAGGUGGGGAGCAUUGAGAGCAAACUUCUUUGUCAAUCAGUACUGGAUUUAUACCUUGGUGAAGAUCCAUUUGAUCGACAAGCAAAAGAACAUGUAAUGCACAAGUUGGCGAGUGUCUUUGAGAAGAACUAACCCAGUGGGAUAGAGUGUGAUACCAAAUUUGGUUGCAAAUUGCGAGUAUUUAUCUAGAUGUCCCUCUAUUAGAAGCACCCUGGUAAGCUGUGGCACCUGAGGUGUCAACACUACCCAAAUCUCCCACUACCUAUAUUUGUAUCAUAGUGUAGAUUUUACCAAUAACAUUUGUACAUUUGGGUAAAAUAAAUGCAAUUUGAAUGUCAAGUGCAUACUUCAUCUUUUCUUCUCUUUUUAAUCUGGAAAUGAACAUAGCCUAGAUUUGAGUGAA